AGCAGCGGCGUGCUUGCACUCGGCCAUGUUUGGCUUCUUCUGCAGCUUGGUGUCCAGUCUGAGUCGCUGGUUCCUUUGGCGGCGGCUGCUGCUGCUGCUGCUGCUGCUGCUGCUGAAUCUGCCCUUGCAGGUAAAAUUUGCUAUGCUAGAAUUACACUCCUUCAAAUGUCCCGCUGGUGAAUACUGGUCUAAAGACGUCUGUUGCAAGAACUGUUCUGCAGGUACAUUUGUCAAGGCGCCCUGCGAAAUCCCCCAUACUCAAGGACAAUGUGAGAAGUGUCACCCAGGAACAUUCACAGAGAAAGAUAAUUACCUGGAUGCUUGUAUACUUUGCUCCACCUGUGAUAAAGAUCAGGAAAUGGUGGCCGACUGCUCAGCCACCAGUGACCGGAAAUGCCAGUGCCGAACAGGUCUUUACUACUAUGACCCAAAAUUUCCAGAAUCGUGCCGCCCAUGUACCAAGUGUCCCCAAGGAAUCCCUGUCCUCCAGGAAUGCAACUCCACAGCUAACACUGUGUGCAGUUCAUCUGUUUCAAGAAGAUCUGCCUCAGUGGCCUGGCCUAUCUGAAUGGUUCACAGAGAUCCCAGAAACCGGCUGUUCCUACUGUUAUCACCUUUGAGUGUGCUAAUUGUGUCCGUUGUUGUCUUCCGUAUCAUAAGAAGAUAAAGGUUCUACAGAUGUUUUCUUAGCUUCCUUUUAUUGCUAUGAAGUGAUACUAUGGAGGCAACUCUUUUAUUUUAUUUAUUUUAUUUUAUUUUUUAAUGUCUUGAACUUGAUUUGAAGACCAGGCUGGCCUCAAAAUCACAGAGAUCCAGACUAAGACAACUCUAAUAAGGGAAACAUUUAAUUGGGACUGGCUUACAGUUUCGGACGUUUUGUCCAUGAUUAUCAUAGUGGGAAGCAUGGCAGCAUCUAAGCAGACAUGAUGUUGGAGAAGGAGCUGAGAUUUCUGCAUCUUGAUCUGCAAGCAAUAAAAGGAGACUGUGUGCCACACUAUACACAGCUUGAACAUAGGAGACCUCAAAGCCUGUCCCCACAGUGACAAACUUCCUCCAACAAGGUCAUACCUCCUAAUAAUACCAUUUCUUAUGAGGCAAGCAUUCAAACACAUGAGUCUAUGAGGGCCAAACCAAUUCAAACCACCACAGGUUAACAAUUGCCCUCUGCAGCUCUCUGGUGGAGGCCCUCCUUGAGAGUAAGUAACAAUUUAGAUGAAGGCAAGUCCUGGUAUCAGGUCCAAAAGAAACUCAGGAUGAAUGGUCCACUGUGGUUCCUAUUAACAUACUGAAGAACAUGACCUCACCUUACACGUCUCCACCUCACUGACUUCCCUUCCCCUAGCUUCUCAUUCCCAGGUAACCCUGCCAUUUUUUGGUAAUGUGCCUUCUUGGUUCUUCCUCUCCUUUCCCCCUCUCUUCUGGUCCUUACUUCUCUUCCUCUCCCACUCUCCACCAGCCUCCUCUUAAGGCCUGAAUCAGUCUGUAGGUCAUGUUUAAUCUACUACUUUCUCUCUGCUCUGGACUCAUCCAGAUGUCUCUGGCUGAGCUCUCCCUCCUAUCUACAAUAAAACCCUUCCCCCUAACCAGAAAUGGAACAGUUUUGUCCUCACUUUGUACAUCUGGUGCCUGAAACCAGAGAGGAAUAUGACCCCCAUCCAAGAGACUCAGCCUCUCCUAGCCAAACCAUGCUGUUGGUUUGACGACUUCCUAAGGUAUGCAUGGAUGGAUCACUUGUUCCUGCAGGCUUCUGCAACCUACCAUAGUGAACUCCAAACCUGGAAUUCACCUCUUCAGCUGCUUCUCCCCUCUACUUGCGCUAACCAUUUGCUUCUCCUCAGCACAUCAGGAAACUCCCCCUUGCCUAGGGGUGUGAUCAGUGCUUUGCUCUCACUGCUCAGUAAAUUUCCACUUGUCUAGGGGUGUGGUCAGUGCCUUGCUCUCACUGCUCAGUAAACUUUCCCUUGCCUAGGGGUGUGAUCAGUGCCUUGCUCUCACUGCUCAGUAAAUUUCCACUUACCUAAGGGUGUGGUCAGUGCCUUGCUCUCACUGCUCAGUAAAUUCUCCUUGCCUAGGGGUGUGGUCAGUGCCUUGCUCUCACUGCUUAGUAAAUUUCCCCUUGGCUAGGGGUGCGGUCAGUGCUGUGCCUUGUGCUCACUACUCAGUAAAUUUCCACUUGCCUAGGGAUGUGGUCAGUGCCUUGCUCUAACUGCUCAGUAAAUUUCUUUUUGCCUAGGGGUGUGAUCAGUGCCUUGUUCUCAAUGCUCAGUAAAUUUCCCCUUGGUUAGGGGUGUGGUCAGUGCUGUGCCUUGUGCUCACUACUAGGUAAAUUUCCACUUGCCUAGGGGUGUGGUCAGUGCCUUGCUCUCACUGCUCAGUAAAUUUCCACUUGCCUAGGGGUGUGAUCAGUGCCUUGCUCUCACUGCUCAGUAAAUUUCCACUUGCCUAGGGGUGUGAUCAGUGCCUUGCUCUCACUGCUCAGUAAAUUUCCACUUGCCUAGGGGUGUGAUCAGUGCCCUGCUCUCACUGCUCAGUAAAUUUCCUCCUGGCUAGUGGUGUGGUCGACUAUGUGGUCAACUAUGUGGUCCCUAUGAUGGACUGACCGAAGAGGAGAAGACUAGAGCCUGGUUUACUGAUGGCUCUGCGCGUUAUGCAGGCACCACCCAGAAGUGGACAGCUGCAGCAUUACAACCCCUUUCUGGGACAACCCUGAAAGACACAGGUGAAGGGAAAUCUUCACAGUGGGCAGAACUUCGGGCAGUACACAUGGUAUUACAGUUUGUUUGCAAGAAGAAAUGGCCAGAUGUACGAUUAUUCACUGACUCAUGGGCUGUAGCCAAUGGAUUGGCUGGAUGGUCAGGCACUUGGAAAGAUCACAAUUGGAAAAUUGGUGAGAAAGACAUCUGGGGAAGAAGUAUGUGGAUAGAUCUCUCCAAAUGGGCAAAGGAUGUGAAGAUAUUUGUGUCCCAUGUAAAUGCUCACCAAAAGGUGACUUCAGCCGAGGAGGAGUUCAAUAAUCAAGUGGAUACGAUGACCCCUUCUGUGGACAGUCAGCCUCUCUCCCCAGCCAUCCCUGUCAUUGCUCAAUGGGCACAUGAACAAAGUGGCCAUGGUGGUCGGGAUGGAGGUUAUGCUUGGGCUCAGCAACAUGGGCUUCCGCUCACCAAGUCCGACCUGGCUACAGCUGCUGCUGAUUGCCAGAUCUGCCAACAGCCGAAACCAACACUGAGCCCCAGAUAUGGCAUCAUUCCUCGAGGUGACCAGCCAGCAACCUGGUGGCAGGUUGACUACAUUGGACCACUUCCUUCGUGGAAAGGACAGCGUUUUGUUCUUACUGGAGUAGAUACCCUUGGAUAGGGGUGUGGUCAGUGCCCUGCUCUCACUGCUCAGUAAAUUUCUACAUGCCUAGGGAUGUGGUCAGUGCCUUGCUCUCACUGCUCAGUAAAUUUCCACUUGCCUAGGAGUGUGGUCAGUGCCUUGCUCUCCCACCGUGACCAGCUCUCCUAUGAUUUCCAGAUGAGGAGUGGGGUCAGUUGGACAGAGACCUCAAAUAUUUAUGUGUCCCCAAGCAGAAGCCAAGACCAGGGGUAUCUACCUGGACUUUGGUAGGAGACCCCUGCUGCCACAGGACCAAAACAGUUACUGACAGGUGCUCCAGCCCAGUCUCACAGGGUCCUUGAAUUGGGGUGUGCACUCCUAGCACCAGAUGGUCCCACAGCCUGGACAGCAGGGAGACAGCCAGCUCCUCCCAGAAAUAGCCAACAAUCAAGUUUUUUGGGCCACCCCAUAAUGAUGCCCCAAUGUCAGCAGGAAGAAAUCAUAGAUGAAUAAAUACAUCACCCCUUAUUCUUUUAUUAUCAACAGAAGGCUGGAAUGUUUGGUUUCAGAGCCCUGGACAAGUUGCUUAGUUGCAUAUUUUACAUACCAAAGCAGACCUGGCCUCCAGGUUCUCCCAGCAUCCCUCAGUCCUUACCUGGCAUACCCUGACCCCAAUCCUGAGCUUUCCACCUAGGGACUGGGCUGCCAUUCCCCCAGAGGCUCUUCCCUAUAUAAUCCAGAGGAUUUUGGUCUUCCUUGUUCUCUCUCUGCACAUGGGCACUUUCUCUUCCCCUUCCCCUUUCUCCCCAUACCUAUGGUAACUUCCCUCACCUUCUUCCCUGGGUCAGUGAACUCAACUGAGAACAAUUUCCCAAUAAACCUGUGUUUAAUAUAAUCUAA